UUCUAUAACCGUGCCGUGUUCGAUUUCCUCUCACACCAACAUGAAUGCUCGCAUACGAUUUUUAUUGAAUUACCGAAGUGACCUUUACGCCCGUUUCCCACCAUGCUCACUAUGCCCGUUUCCGUGUUGCUGGUCGUCGUUGUAAGCCUGUUCAACAGUCAGGACGGCGCCAGUCCGGCCUCGGCCGAGCCUCAGGAGACAGCCAGCGGUCCCAACGGCGACGCCAGGGGCAGCCCCGCCGCCUCGCCUUCCCCAGAUCCCGGCAAUGCCAUCCACCAGCCGAAUUUCACCCAGCCUAAUCAGAAAUUUGUGCCUCCCACGGGCGCUUACACCACUGGCAACGCCACCUACUGGUCUAAGUCCAUCCUGCCGGCCCGAGAAAUGUAUCAGCCCGGCGACACCCCUCAAGGUCAAGAGCAGGGUCCAUUCAAUGCGGCGGCCGACAAGCCGAAAGACGCCCGCGUGCCUAUCCACCAAGCCAACAUCCCGACGUCCGUUCCGCUGGUGCAUUCCCGCGACACCUUCCAGUGGCCGGACUUCGAUAACUACAGCCCGGAGGAAGAUUACGUAUUCCACUAUAAACAGCUGGAGGAUGCUAUUUCGAAGGCGACUACGGCGGACUACGUGGCGGACUACGUGGAUCUGCCGGAUGUGGAGCCGAGUGAGAUCUAUGUGCCGAUGGUGAAUACUAAGAUUAAGCACGGAAAAAAGCCACCGGUGGCCUAUGCUCUAUCUGUGGCCAACAUCACGGAUGCGUGCAUAACCGGAAAUCGUCGACGGUAGCGCCACAUCUCUGCUUUUUGACUUCAUCCUGCAGGACGGCAACCAGCUGGACCUCGAAGGCUUCGAGGUGAAGUACGCGUUUGAUGGACAGCCCUUCGAGCACGCUGCCACUCGCUUCCUGGGCCGUUUCUCGCCCUACAUUAUCACCGGACUGCAGCCCAGACAACGCUACCGGUUCCGUGUUAAUACUCGUGUCAGCGGCGGCGGUGAUUCCACGCAAGCCUGCGGCCCCGAAUUUAUCAUUAACAUGCCGGAAGUGGGCGCGCUGCUGGCACCAAAGGUUGCGCAGUCCAAUUUGGUGUCAUUCGAGCUGCAGUGGGAGCCGUCCGAUAAGGAUGAGGCCAUCGGCCACUACCGCCUUGAUUACUGGAUGGUAAGCGGCAUUUGCCGAAGCAACGGAAGGGUAACAGCGGCUGCAGUAUUUUAUCCAAUAACAAAACAUAUUUCUAAAACGUUUUAUAUAUCAUUCUUUAUACAUUUUUAUAUUAAUUCUAUGCGUUUAUCGUUAAAAUAACAAUAAUAUUAUUAAUUCUUGUCGAUUUUAAAAUCUUUCGAUUAUCAGUUAUUGGCAAUUGCGCGAAUUCAAAAACCGUCUAGCAACAGCUAAAUUUACUAUUAUUAUCAAAGUAAAUAGAAGCGAAACAAUUUAUAAUACAAUUAUAAAAAAUAAACUGUAAUAAAUAAUUUGGUUGAUAAUAAAUAAUUUUAUUGAUCGAAGUUCUUAUUAUAACUCCAAUUCGGUUUUUUAACCAUGCACUCCGUAGUUGUAAAGAACAAUUAUGCGGAAAUUCUAACCCUGUUUAUAAUUUUUUACAGAAUAAUUAAAGAUUUAAAUAGAGUUUAGGCUUGUAAAUAAAGCAUGUAUAAUGCUUAUUUUACUCACAUAACAGGGUAAAAGACAACCUCGGUGAAAUAUGAAUUGGAAAAUGGAAUAAAUUGUAUGCCAGUUUAAAACAAAUUUUUAAAAAUUGCUUGGUGCAGUUCUCGUGCCCAGAGUCCCCGUUUCGGUGAAGUGCCGGUGCGCCACCAUGCGAUAGUGGAUGGCUCUAAGAACUCCCGCAAUCUGACGUCGCUACAACCCUGCCAAAAAUAUCAAGUGGAGAUCUUGCCGCGCCGCAAACCCAAGGGACGCACUAACGGCCGCAACACCGAUGGCGGCGGUGUAAACGCCAAGAAGGCCGCCCCGGCGUCCCGCACCCCGACAUCAUGAAGCUGAACUUCACCACGGAUUGCGGGAUGGUCACUGGAAGUGUGGAGAGCCCUAGAUUUACCUUGUGAUUGCAAGCAAAUACGCCGGCGCGGAGCUAUUGCAAAAUAGUCGUAUAUUGAUGGACGUUUUCUGUGUGUGGUUUGUACUGUAUUCGUAUAAGACGCUCGUUUCCUCUUAUAAUGUCAUCUUUUUUCCAAAACCCGCUUUUUGGCUCGCUUUUGGCGGUUCAUUUCAUGGUCGUGGUCUUGUAUGUUUUGUCUUGACAGUCUUUAUAUAGUGCCUAUUUAAUAAUUAAGCCAAACUGAAUGAUCAAAGAUAAACAGCA